CACAGGAUGUAUUCUGGCAACAGUGUCGUGGUGGUUUUGUUUACAUGAGUGUCAGAGAGGCUGUCCCAGACAUUUCAAACUGAUGGGUGAUGUCGGUGAAGAUGACUUGGAAGUUAUACGCACAAUUCUGGUGGAAGUACAGCUUGCACAGUUUUUCACCAGGAUACGUGAUGACCUGCAGGUUACAAGGCUAAGCCACUUUGAGUAUGUUCAUACUGAAGACUUGGAGCGCAUUGGUCUUGGCAAACCUGCAGCCAGAAGACUGUUGGAGACUGUCAAGAAGAAGCGUGCUGCAGCUUGGAGAAAAAAUUUGGUGUCAAAGAUCUUAUCUACUGGCGGAUCCCCGUCAAGUAAGCACCGAUCACCUCCAUCAAGGACAAAUGACACUUUACCAUCUAGCCUCACCUGUCUCAUUCAGGAGAAGGACAUUGUUCAAGGACGGAAAUUAGGUGAUGGGAGCUUUGGUGUAGUAAGAAGUGGAGAAUGGACCACUGCAAAUGGACAGAUAAAAGAGGUUGCUGUCAAAAUACUGAAGCAGGAUGUCAUCCAUGUUCCUGGUGCCCUUGAUGACUUUAUACGUGAGGUUCAGGCGAUGCAUCAGCUGUCUCAUCCUAACCUCAUACAAUUGUUUGGGAUAGUCCUUUCCAAUCCGCUGAUGAUGGUGACAGAGAUUGCCCCCCUUGGCUCCUUGCUAGACCACCUUCGCAAGCAGGCAGCACAUGUUCCCAUCACAA